AUGGUCAUGGGAAAAAAAUUUCAACUUCUCCAUGUGCUUGUUUUUGUGCAUUUGCCAUACUCAAAACCUGCUCUUCUUGGACUCUCUUCAAGAGUUGAAGAAGAUGCUAGAAUCAAUUGCAUAGAGAGGGAGAGACAAGCUCUACUGAAGUUUAAAAAUGCUCUUAUAGAUGAUUAUGGUCUUCUCUCAUCUUGGGGAGUGAAGAAGAUAAAAAAGAUUGUUGCAAAUGGAGAGGAGUGGGAUGCAACAACGACACAGGUACUGAGCGGUAAGAUUAGUCCUUCAUUGCUUGAAUUGCAUCAUUUGAAGUAUUUGGACCUCAGUGGAAACCAAUUUGUAGAUGACCACAUCCCAGAGUUCAUUGGUUCCCUCAUUGGAUUAAGAUACCUCAGUCUUGCAGCUCUAUACUUUUCUGGUCCAAUUCCUCAUCAGUUCAGGAAACUUUCUAGCUUGCAGUAUCUUGAUCUUAGCUAUUCUAAUUUGAAUGUAGAAAAUUUUGAGUGGCUUUCUCAUCUUUCUUUACUAAGUCACCUAGAUCUUACUGAUAUUGACCUCAGUCUAGCAGUCGACUGUAGCAGCCUAGGUGAAGUUCACCUUCAAUCUAACGAGUUAAAAGGUCCAAUUCCCGAUGCUUUUGGAAGCAUGAUUUCCCUCAAAUACCUCAAGAUUACUGACAAUCAACUUGUAGGCAGCCUUCCAAAAUCCUUCGCAAAUUUAAGUGGCUUACAAUCCUUGGACCUUUCUAAUAACAAUUUGACAGGUUUGAUUCCUGAUGCUUUUGGAGGCAUGACUUCCCUCACGGAUCUCAAUCUUCUUAGAAAUCAACUUGAAGGUGGCCUUCCCAAUUCCUCUACGGAUUUAAGGCAUUUACGAUUCUUAGAGUUGUCUUUGAACAAUUUAACAGAAGAGAUUCAUGAGUUUUUGCAAAAGUUAUCUGGGGCAGAAAAGUCAUUACAGUUUUUGGAAAUAGUUGACAAUCGACUUUGUGGACCUUUACCUGAUUUCACAAAAUUUUCUCUUGAAAGAAAUAAGAGAGUGAUAUUGAGAGAGUAA